UCUGGCAAGUUGGGAUCUGGUAAUUUCUGUGACGUUUUCAAAGGAAAGGUAAUGAUUGACCGAAACGAUGUUGAUGUUGCCAUUAAGAUCUGUCAUCCACCAACUGAGAAGAUAUCUCCAGAAUCGUUGUUAGAGGCAAGGACAAGCAUGAUUAAAGAGGCAAAACUAAUGGCAGAAUAUAGGGAUCCUAAUGUUAUUAAGUUUUAUGGAGUCGCUUGUGAUCGACCACCACUAAUGAUUUUGAUGGAGCUAUGUGCAGGGGGAAGCCUAGACAAUCAUUUACGAAAAAGAGGAAAAGCGAUCAGUGCCACAGAGAAGAUUAUUUAUCUAUACGAGAUUUCAUGUGGUAUGCGGUAUCUACAUACAAUGAACUGUGUUCACCGCGAUCUUGCAGCGAGAAAUUGUCUUAUUUCCAGUAACGGUAUUGUCAAAGUAGCCGACUUCGGAUUAAGCGUUAUUUUAGAACACGGAAAGACAAUGUGUCGAACAAUUAUCAAAGAAGCGCCCAUACGAUGGUUUGCACCAGAGUGCUGCUAUAAAACGCCUUCUUUUUCAAAGAAGACCGAUGUCUGGGCAUUUGGCACAGUUAUCUUUGAGAUAUUUACAAAUGGUAGCAAGCCCUUCAUUGGAGUUAAAGACCUAGAAAUAGUCAGAGCCAUAAGAAAAGCUGAUAUGCCCGAUCCACCACAAGAAACACCGAAAGAGAUUGCUAGCCUUCUCAAACAGAUCUGGUAUCAUUGUCUUUUACUCUUUUCACAACUAGCUAAACUCGAAAAGUCAAGAUAUGGACAACGUGAUUUAACAUCAGAUGGAGAAACAGGUUUUUAA